CACAGCCUGGGACACCUGCGCGUGCGCGCGAAAGUCUCCGCGCGCCUGCGCCGCGGGCGAGAGACCCGUGUAGGAAAGGGGCGGUGGCGGCGGGGGACUCCGGAAACCCGCCUUUCACCCGGAAAUGGUUGCUGAGGAACAUGGCGUUGCUGGUGCGAGUCCUUAGGAAUCAGGCUAGCAUCUGCCAGUGGGUUCCAGUAUGCAGCCAGUUGGUACCUGUGUUUCCUACUCAAAGACAGUGGAGCAGAACUCUGUCUGGCCUUUCCCAGCACGCUCAGAUGAGCCAGUCCCGAGGGUGUGAUGGCUCAGUGCAGAUUCCUGGAAUGCAUAUACAACUGAGUAGAAAGUAUCACACCACAAAUAAGCUUCCUGCUACAAAGGAUUCAUCCCAACCGGAUGAAGAGAAAGUUGGUGCCUUUACAAAGAUAAUCGAAGCUAUGGGAUUCACAGGACCUUUGAAAUAUAGUAAAUGGAAGAUUAAGAUUGCAGCUCUGCGCAUGUACACUAGCUGUGUGGAGAAAACUGACUUCGAGGAGUUCUUUCUAAGGUGUCAAAUGCCAGAUACAUUCAACUCAUGGUUUCUUAUAACCCUACUCCACGUAUGGAUGUGUCUAGUCCGAAUGAAGCAGGAAGGCCGGAGUGGGAAAUACAUGUGUCGUAUCAUAGUUCAUUUUAUGUGGGAGGAUGUUGAGCAGCGUGGCCGAGUCAUGGGGGUUAACCCCUAUAUCCUGAAGAAGAACAUGAUCCUGAUGACAAAUAAUUUUUAUGCAGCAAUCUUGGGAUAUGAUGAGGGGAUCCUUUCAGACGACCAUGGGCUGGCAGCUGCUCUCUGGAGAACCUUCUUCAACCAGAAGUGUGAAGAUCCUCGGCAGCUUGAACUGCUGGUGGAGUAUGUGAGGAAACAGAUGCAGUACCUGGACUCCAUGAAUGGGGAGGAUCUGCUGCUAACAGGAGAGGUGAGCUGGCGCCCUCUAGUGGAGAAGAAUCCUCAGAGCAUCCUGAAGCCCCCUUCCCCUACCUACAACGACGAGGGUCUUUGACACGCUGCCCCCUCCAGUCGUUUAGCCAGCUGGCUUUGAGGAGCUGCCAGAAGAGAAGUGCCUGUUUGUCCCAGGACCUGCAUAGAGAGGCCUGAACUGACCUAUGUACAGCCCCUGUCGCAUACCUGUCCCCAUUUCAGUUGAGUUUUCUCUCGUGCUCAGGAGUCUGUUCUGGUAGGAUAAAGUGCUGGGAGAAUGCCUUGCUUUUCCUCAGGAGAAGCUCCAGGAAAGAGCUCUCCAAGUUCCUCUAGCAGCCGCAUGUGAUUGACAAUGCUUCCCAAAAGCUGAGGAAAGGAUGGGUAGAUUCAAAGGGGGACACCCCGCUGAGGGCCUGCCAUGGCCUAGGAGCAGUUGGUAACACAGUCAACUCGAAUUGGGCAGCGAGCCUCUGUCCACUGGCUCUGGGCCACCAGGCGGAGUUGGCCAUGAAAAGAAGCAGAGCCUUAUCUCUGCCAGGCUCUUUUUUAUGUCUUUUAGAAACUUCUCAGAUGGUAAAUGCAGCACGCUAACCCUGUCCAGCUCAAGGGGAGAGGUCAGGCGCGCCAGCCUCUAGGACGCAGGAGGCCUCUGAGGGCCGCAGGGCUUGUCCCAUCCCACGUCAUUUGCAGGAGGCCUCCAGAACAAAGGUCCCUUUGUCAUCCCCACGAACUGGGUAAAGAGCGUGCCACCUUCCCUGUCAGGGCCUCCCCUCCUGGGAGAAGCAAUCCUUGGUCCUGGCUGACUUGUGUCCCCUCCCAACUCCUGGCACAUGUGCUGCAGGGCCAGGAUGGUCCAGUGCUUGUGCGCCAGUCCCCUCCUCCCUCCCUCUGGAGUGAGGGUCACAUCUUGGGGGACUUUCUUACACUGAAGAAAGGGGCGGGGAACCGUAUUGCCCCUCCUUCCCCCGUCCAACUUCCUUCAUUUAACUUGCUAUAAAAUGAGUCAUAUAAAGAAAUUCUAUAUGGGUGAGGUAUGUCCCACUUCUGUGAAAACAUUACAAAUCAUCCCGCCUUCUCUGAGUUUAUUUAAGAAGCUUUUGUUGCACGCGGAGCCCUAGAGUGAAGCCCCUGUGUGUGUGAGAUAAUAACACCUUGUAACUCAUUACAGCUGGGCACUAUUUACAGAAACCAGAGCUGAGCCAGGCAGGAAUUUGCUGAUUAAUUUAUUUUUAAUGGAGUGAAGUAUACCAUGCACCAAAAUAAACUUUACUGUGUGUACCUAA